GGGACCGUGUCCCGCAGCCCCAAUGCCGCCGCGAGCAGAGUGGAGUGGCUGCCAGUGGUUGGAACCGUGGAGGUGUCCCCCGCUGGCGAGCGCGCCCAGGACACCGGUCUCUGCUAAGUUUUGUGCGCGCGCGUUGCAGGGACCGUGUGUGAGUCUGGUAUAAUCUGGCCACCUGAGCUUCUGCCGUAACAAGAAAGAAGUGGGAAAUACUCCUGAAAAGAAAAUUAAAACAUUAAGAAGCCACAACUUAUUUUUACAUGGUUUUUAGCUCACUUACCAAUAUGAACACUUAUCCUAACAUUUUUCCACCUGGUGGAGAUGGUGGGCUAGGUUCUGAAUCUGAGUUCCAAAAACUGGUAAUUGAUGAAAGGUUACGAUGUGAACAUCAUAAAGCCAAUUAUCAGACUCUAAAAACUGAACACACAAGGUUGCAGGAUGAGUACAUAAAGUUACAAAAUGAAUUGAAGCACCUGUCAAAUGAAAAACAAACUAACCAGGAAAAGUUCCAGCUGCUACUUGAAGACCUAAGAGGGGAAUUAGUAGAGAAAACUAAAGACUUAGAAGAAAUGAAACUGCAGGUAUUAAAUCCGCAAAAAGUGGAAUUGUUAAGAGCCCAGAUACAACAAGAGUUAGAAACUCCAAUGCGAGAGCGUCUUCGGAAUCUGGAUGAAGAAGUUGAAAAGCAUAGAACUGAAUAUAAUAAGCUUCGCUAUGAACAUACAUUUCUUAAGUCAGAAUUUGAACACCAGAAAGAAGAAUUUGCACGUAUUUUAGAAGAAGAAAAAAUAAAAUAUGAAGCAGAGGUUGCAAGACUGGAGAAAGAUAAAGAAGAACUACAUAACCAGCUGCUUAGUGUUGAUCUCACAAGAGACAGCAAACGAGUGGAGCAACUUCUUCGAGAAAAAGCCCAUUUGAGUCAGAAAUUAAAAGGCUUAGAGACUGAAAUAGAAGAAUUAAGGGCUAAAAAAGAGAAUUCUGGUGCUCAGGUAGAAAAUGUCCAAAGAAUACAGGUGCGGCAGUUGGCUGAAAUGCAGGCUACAAUCAGAUCCCUGGAGGCUGAAAGACAGUCAGCCAAGUUGCAGGCUGAACGCUUAGAAAAAGAGCUACAAUCAAGCAAUGAACAAACUGCUUCUUUAAUCAGUAAAUUGAAUAAAGCUGAUGGAGAAAUAAAUACACUGACUAGUAAAGUAAAAGACCUUAAACACUCAAAUAAUCUAGAAAUAACAGAUGUCAAACUGGAGGCAGCAAGAGCUAAGAGUGAGCUAGAAAGAGAAAGAAAUAAGAUUCAAAGUGAACUGAAUGAUUUUGAAGUGUUUGGUGACUUUAUUUACUCUGUUAUCAGCCAGCCUUAUUAUGCUGCUGUCUGGGGCUUGACUCACAGAACCCUGCUCAGGAGAAGGUUACAGUCAGACAAUGAAAUUCUCAAAUCAGCUGUUGAACGCCAGAAAAUGCUCUUAAUAGAAAAAGAUCGUGAGUUAAUAUGUAAAGUACAAGCUGCCAAGGAAGAAGGUUAUCAAAAGCUUGUGGUAUUACAAGAUGAAAAGCUAGAACUUGAGAACAGAUUAGCUGAUUUAGAGAAGAUGAAAGUAGAGUAUGAUGUUUGGAGGCAAUCGGAAAAGGAUCAGCAUGAAGAGAAUUUGCGGGCUUCACGGAUGGCAGAGGAGUCAGCCAGAAGGGAACUUCAGAGUAUUAGGUUAAAACUUCAACAACAAAUUGUGAAUACUGAAAAUGCAGAGAAAGAAAAAAAAGAAAAUUCUGAUCUGAAACAGAAAAUCAGUAGUUUGCAGAUUCAAGUGACCUCACUGACCCAGUCUGAGAAUGAACUGCUGAAUUCAAACCAAAUGCUGAAGGAAAUGGUGGAGAGAUUAAAGCAAGAAUGCCGGAAUUUAAAAAGCCAAGCUGAAAAAGUACAACUAGAAGUUGAAAAGGCAUUGGAAGAGAAACAGAUACAGUGGUUGGAAGAAAAGCACAAGCUUCAUGAACGUAUCACAGACAGAGAAGAAAAGUAUAAUCAAGCUAAAGAGAAACUACAACGAGCUGCAACUGCCCAGAAAAAGAGAAAAUCUCUUCAUGAAAACAAAAUGAAGAGACUGCAAGAAAAGGUAGAAAUCUUGGAGGCGAAGAAAGAAGAAUUAGAAACAGAAAAUCAGGUGUUAAACAGACAAAAUGUUCCUUUUGAAGAAUAUACAAAGCUUCAGAAAAGACUAAAGGAUAUACAGAGAAGACAUAACGAAUUUCGAAGUCUAAUUUUAGUUCCUAAUAUACCUCCGACAGCAUCUGUCAAUCCUGUUGGCCUUCAGUCAUCAGCCAUGGUUCCAGGCAUGGAACUGUGCUUCCCUCCUCAUAUGCAGGAGGAACAACAUCAAAGGGAACUCUCUCUCCUUCGCAAAAGACUAGAAGAACUAGAAACAACACAGAGAAAACAACUAGAGGAACUUGGAUCUCCUGGGGAAUGAUGUUCUUGGCAAAAAGACAGAGGGGAUCAAAAGGGGUAAAAAUCACAGACUCAGUAAAUGUGAAGUUUUAACAUAUGUGGCACUGAGAUACUUCAUUGCUGUUUGCCAAAGUACUUGAAUGUGCCUCAAGAAAAAAGGUACCAACUACGACAAGGGGAGCAUUAAAAGAAACCAUUUUUUACAGAUAUUUAGACUAUAUAUUGGUAACCUUUUGAGAAUAAUAAACAUUGAUAAAAGAAACUAUUAGAAAAUCAAGUUAUAAAAUUGACUUGAAUUUUUUGGCAUUUUGCCUGAAAUAUGUCCAUUUUGAAAGCUCUUUUUUCCUUAUCGUUGAGGUGUUUGACAAUAAAUAACAAAGUCAGUGAACACCUUGUGGUUUACUAUAAGAGUUAUAAACCUAUAGUUUUUGGAAAAAAGAUGACAAUUUAAAAGCGGCAUAAAAAACUUAAAGGUAUCUAUUAAACAUUUAUUGCAAAAGACUACCUUUUCAAAAAACUG